AUGGACUCCUGGAACCAGCAGAAGCUGCCCUUCAGCAAGAAGCGCCUGUCCAAGACCGUCAUUGUCUCAUACGUCUUCGACUAUGUCAUUAUCGUCAUUCUCAUCAUCGCCUUCUACGCCCUUGAUCACGUCGAGCCCCACCACCAAGAGUUCUCCCUCCGCAACUACACGCUGCAGUACAAGUAUGCCGUCAAGGAGCGCAUUCCUGUCUUCGAUUUGUGCAUCAUCGCCGUCUUGGCUCCCGCCUUGAUCAUCGCCUUCUACACCCUGGUCAUCGAUGGCCUGUUCUCGAGCAACAGGGGUGCGGCUGCAGGUCCAGGCAGGCGGAAGCUCUUGGGCAAAUACCGCAUGAAGGAUAGACUGUGGGAGCUGAAUUGCGGCGUUCUGGGCCUGAUGCUUUCCGUCGGCGCCGCCUUCACCAUCACCGGCUCACUGAAGAAUGCCGUUGGCAAGCCGAGACCCGAUUUGAUCGACCGCUGCCAGCCCAAUACGUUCGAAGACCCCCAGCCCUUCGGCCUGUCGAACCACAGCAUUUGCACUCAGGACAACAAUGCCAUCCUGAAAGAUGGCUUCCGCAGUUUCCCGUCUGGGCACAGCAGCACUGCCUUUGGUGGACUGUACUACCUGUCCAUAUACCUUGCUGGAAAGCUUCACGUGCUUGACUCGAAAGGAGAAGUCUGGAAGAGCUUUAUAGUCAUGGUCCCCACGCUUGGCGCCGCCUUGGUUGCAGCCUCUCGGAUCAUGGACGCCCGCCACCACCCGUUCGACGUCCUCUCGGGCAGUCUUCUCGGCAUUCUCACCGCCUGGGGAUCCUACCGCCAGUACUUCCCUCCGGUGAGCGAGACGUGGCGCAAGGGCCGCGCGUUCCCGAUCCGCAGUUGGGGCAAGGAGCCCGAAAUUCCGGCUGAUGCAUAUCCGAUCAACCACGAAGGAAGGGAGCCGCUGCGGGAUGCAGCUUCACUGAAGACGAUAGACGAAGAGCAGCCAAUGAGGGGCGCUGAUACAGGUGCGACCGACAUCGACGCGAGCGAUCCUGCCGCCAACGUUUUCCGGCAACAGAUCUCGAACUCCCAACGCCAUCGCCAGCAGCUCGCAGCCCAAGCCUACGGAGACGCGCGACCGACCCCAUCUUCAGUAUACACAGCCGACCUGAACCGCACUCCAACGGCGACAACCUACAGCUCCCAGCUCCCCUCCUCGAACCCGUACGCACAAACCUACGGCGCCCGGCGCCGACGUGGUGAUAACUACGAGGAAUCGUCCUCGGAAGAAGAGACCGAUGAGUUCGAGCUUCAGCGCACAUACACCUUGUCCAACCCCCACCAAGGUCAGACAGCCGCGCCGGUUGCAUACAACCCGGUCAACGACACGUUCGGAGACACUUCGUACCGCGCGCAGACGACCAGCCCCUUCGUCGCUCCUCACGAGGAGGCGGAUCUAGGAGCGGGGGCUGCAAGGACCUUGCCACCGCAGGUGCCGCCGCACGCCGCACCUUACGGUUCCGGUAGGGGCGCCGACUACUAG